CCGGACUCAACUACCGGCGCAAGGGACUUGCAACCAUACUGGAACGAAUUCACCAAGGCGAUAAGCUCACGCUUGUGGUUGCCUACCGAGACAGGCUCGCCCGGUUCGGCACCGAACUCAUCGAGCAGAUGCUCCAGCAAAACGGUGGCGAACUCCUGGUUCUCAACCAGCGAGAUCUCAGCCCCCCAGAGGAACUCACCCAGGAUCUACUCGCCAUCCUUACUGUCUUCUCUGCCAGAGCCAACGGACUCCGAAGGUACCGGAAGAAAAUCCAGGAAGAUAAGAGUCUGCCCAGACCGGCAACAGAAAGCCAAGCUUAAACUCUGGUUUGACGCCGCCAGAUUCACCUACAACCGCACCAUCGAACUCCUCACCGCCGACAGCGCUCCCAAAGCCUCCUGGCUCGGAAUCAAAAAGGACAUCCUGGGCAAACUACCCGACUGGACAAAACCCACCCCUACGAGGUCAAGAGCAACGCAAUACGCGACGCCUGCCUGG